GAAAGGAAAAAAACAAUCUUUUCCCAUUUCUCUCUCUCUCUCUCUCUCUCUAGAAAUAGCAAGAACAAAGAACUCGAAACUCGCUCUCCCAUGGAGCUUGGAGCUGCUAACAUUCCAUCAAUGGGUUCUGUCGGCCACAAGUACGCGUCAAGUUAGCCCCAAUUGGUAAAGUGCAACGAAGCUCUCUUUCCAUAUCAUUUGAGAGAACAAACUCUUGCAUUUAUUUCUACUCUUGAUCCGCCGGAACUGUAGCUCCCUCUUGACUAUGUUCUUGGAGCUGCGACCACCAACCCCACCUUUUCUCUUUUCUUGCUCUCAAUCUGCUUCUCUUGAGUCUCCCCUUGUUUUCCCGUUCAUCAAGUGUAACUCGUGGAGCAUGAGCCGGGUUUGCUUCAAGAUUGGAUUCACGUGGGUUUCGAGCGAUGUUUCUUGGUUUUUUGUGCCCUUUUACUGAUGCCUGAGCUGUGAGUUCAGUGUUUUCUUGGACGCGUGGUCCUUCAGUUUUGUACGGGAUUCGGGUUUCAAGAAGGGAAAGCUUGUGUUGUGGUACUUUCCCACUUCGGAUUGAGCUUGAGAGCCUCCUGAGCUACAGUACACUGCUCAAGAACUUAAUUUGAGCUGGCUGGUGGGUUCUUCUAGAUGGAGUCGUGGAGCUAUUUCUCUGAAGGGAAGGCUUUUGUGUCAGAUGAGGCUGUCUCGCCAUUUGAUUUGCUUGGAAGAAGCAAAAAUGCUGUCAUGAAUUGGGAACUAAGGAGUCCGCCUAGUUUUGGCAACAGUGGAGUCGUCUCGGGUCAAGAAGCAGAUGUUGGCCAAGGUUUCGGUCAACUUGGUUUUCAAGAAAUGGUCAGGAAGCAAGUUCAACCCAAGUCCCCCAGGCAUGUCUUGACUGAUAAAUUCGAUGACGGAAAUGGCGCAAAUCAGAUUAUGGCUACCUUGGAUGCAUUUGGGGGAGCAGACGAGUCUACUUCAAAUUUAUCGGUUUCGGGGGUUGACUCCAAUACCCAAGAUUCGUUGCUCAUUGACUUGAAAUUGGGAAGAUUUGGUGAAUCCAGGGAAGUGGCCGGCGCUAAAUUCCCUCAAGGAGGAAAAGAGGUCUUAUCUUCUUCUGAAUCAUCCACCCCUCCGAAGCGAGCUCGAUCUGGUGGAGCGAAUUGCCAUAUUGCUUAUUGCCAAGUUUAUGGAUGCAACAAAGAUCUUAGCUCUUCAAAAGACUACCACAAGAGGCAUAAAGUGUGUGAGGUUCACUCAAAGACUGCCCAAGUAGUUGUUAACGGAAUUGAACAGCGUUUUUGCCAGCAAUGUAGCAGGUUUCAUUUGCUAGCUGAAUUUGAUGAUGGUAAGCGCAGCUGUCGUAAACGUCUCAGUGUCCACAAUGAGCGUCGCCGGAAGCCUCAUGUUGGCGUUCAUUCUGGUAGUGUUGGCAGGCUGUUGCAGUCAUACAAUGGUAGCGAGCUUGAGAGGAAUCUGUUAGCGCCAACCUCCUUCAUCUGCCAAGAUACACUUGCUAGCGAAAAGUUUCUGAAUUCUGGGCUAUAUGGCAUGAAUAAUUGGUAUGAGCGCAUCAAAGCUGAAGAUGGAAUUGGCCUUGGUCCUCCAUCAGCUAUUCCCAUCCCAAAAAGGCAUCCAAAUGCAAUAUCGCUGAUCUCUCCUUACAAAUUUGAGGGACAAUUUGCCCUCUUCGAUGGAGGCAGAGCAAAAGCCACAUCAACUGGCAUUUCCAGUAAAAAUAAUCAGAUUCCACGUGAGCUGGGUGGGCAAAGUUCUUCACAUUCCUCUUUUCAGGACACCUCCCUGGGUAGUGAGGACUUUGCUAUUUUCGACACUGCAUCAACUGUACAAGGAAUAUCGGGGAUAAUAGAAUCUGGCCGUGCUCUCUCUCUUCUGUCAUCUCUAUCAAAAAAUUCUUUGAGCAACUCAUCCCGAAUUCCCAUGUCUCAGUCUUUGGUCGUGGCAGGCACUGACUAUGGUUCCUCUCUGUGCGAAGCAUCCGACAAGCUAGUGGAUAUGAGUUCACAUGCUUCCAUAGGGGUGGAGUUGAAAAGAUUGUCUUCAUCAGUGAUGGACUCUGCAGAAGGAAACCUCCCUGGUCAUUCGCUGAUGUCUGAUUUGGAGAUCUCCGAUGGGAUUCUGCGGGGAUCGGGUUUUGUAAACUCCAAGGACAAUCUGUCUCCUGAAGGUGGUGGUACCACGAUGAACUUGCUUCAAUUGUCAUCACAACUUCAACGUGUGGAGGAUCAAAGGCAAUGCAUCCAUUUGAAGGAGCAAAAUGAUGUUUCCGGUUGUCCCAGGAUCACUUGAGCACUCCAAGACGAGAGACUGGCAACUGGCCCUCUCGCCUGAAUGUCUUAUCUUGUCUGAGAUGAGAGGAUGUUCAGACCAAGAUUGCUGUCACCAAAAUAAUUAGGGGUGAUGCUGGCAAAAGUAAAUCUGGAGCCGAUUUCUUUUUCUUUUCGUCCACUGCUGUUGAGCUUGAUGCUGCAGUCCAGUUCUCGUAGCAAUACGUAUGCAUUCUUAGUUUCACUGCAGUUACAAUUGACAAGCAGUUUGGAGCUUCGCAUGCUUUCUGUAUUGUUUCUCGAGUCCUCUGCUGGUGUGGCUCGAGUUCGUGAUCCUUUGUCUUAGUAAAAACAGACAAUUGGCGAUUGACUUUUAUUUCUCUGGAGGGAGAGAUCAAAGGUGGUAACAUAUGGAAUAUCAAUUUUCUUCAAUGGC